AUGGCACCCGCCAAAAUCAACGUUCUCAUCACCAGUUUCACCGGCAGCGGUCUCCCCCCGACCCUUUCUCUCCCGUUGCCACCCACCGCCCCCGUCACCGCGCUUCUCGACGAACUCGAUAGCCGCUUACCAGCAGCCGCGAGAACCACCACCUCGACCACCCGCUUCCUUCUCACCACCAUCUCGAGCCGCGCCAUCCCACUCACCUCCACGCUCCCCAUCUCCCACUACCUUCCCGUAGAGGAGGGAAAAGAAGAAGACGAGACAAACACCAACAACAAUGCGAUCCUCUCCCUCCGCCUCCACCCCGCGCUCUGCGGCGGCAAAGGUGGUUUCGGCUCCCAACUCCGCGCCGCCGGCGGGCGCAUGUCCAAGCGCAAGAAGGGCGGCAACCCAGCCGACGAGCACGGGUCCUCGCGUAACCUAGACGGGCGCCGGCUGCGCACGGUGAACGAAGCGAAAGCACUGGCGGAGUACCUGGCCGUCAAGCCGGAGAUGGACCGGGCGGAGAAAGAGAAAAGGCGGCAGCGGUGGGAGGAGAUUGUGGAGAUGGCGGAGCGGAAGCAGGAGGAGAUUAAAUAUGGGAGUAAGAGGGUUGGGUUGGAUGGGAAGUGGGUGGAGGAUAAGGAGGAGGUGGGGGAUCGUACAAGGGAGGCGGUGUUGGAGGUUAUGAGGAAGGGGGUGUAUAGGGAUAAUUUGGUGGACCGGGAGGUUGGUAGUGGGAGUGGGAGCGGGAGUGGGAGUGCGUCGUCUGGGGAGGAUGAGAUGAUGGAAGACCGAGAAGAGGGCGAGGAGAGUGGGGGGUCUAAAGCGACGACCCCCCCAUCUGAGCCGGAGCCUGUUCCUGAUGCUAAAGGGAAGGGGAAGGCGGUCGCGAAUGGGAAGGGAGCUGGCCCAGCGACGGCGAGGAAGUUUGCCGGGUUCGAUGAUGACGAUGAGUUCAUGAGCUCUUCUGACGAGGAGAGCUGA